UUUGGAUACGAUGUUUUAAUACCUUUUUCUUUGGUACAAAUCCAAAUAUCGAAACUCGCUUAGAUACUCGGCAACAACAUUCAUAUUUUAAUUCUAAAAAAUAUUACUACCAUUUUAAGAGGAAAGCAAACCUGCGUGGGAUUCAGGUCAAAACCCAGUCAGUGGGAGAGGAACAAAGAGAGUAGCGGAAGGGAGCGGAUUACUAUAAGGUCCUUCAGGUCGAUCGCAGCGCCAAGGAUGAUGACCUCAACAAAGCUUACAGAAAACACGCCAUGAAAUGGCAACCCGACAACAACCCUACCAACAAAAAGGAGGCUGAAUCCAAGCUCAAGCAGAUCUCCCAAGCUUACGAGGUGCUUAGGGAUCCUCAGAAGAGAGCAAUAUACGAUCAAUACGGAGAGGCCCGGUUCAACCCAAGAAGUGCUGACGAUAUUUUCGCAGAGUUCUUUGGGUCCUGGAGCCCAUUUGGUGGAGGAUCGAGAUCCUCCAGCAGCAAGUCUCCAGGUGAUAAUAUUUUCGCUGACUACUUUGGAGGUGGUGGGCCGAUGCAUCAUCAGGGUGGAGCCAGCAAGGCUGCUCCGUCGAGAACAAGUUGCCCUGUAGCCUUGAAGAUCACCAGUUUCAGCGGGUCUACUUCAAGAAGAACAGGAAGGAAAGGGUAGAAGACAACCAUGGUGUUUCUGGAACUCUGAAACAGAAGGGUAACGAGGAGGAAGGAAACAUUGUCGGGCAGUGAGGAUCAAGGCUGUCAGAGAAUGACUACUUAAUAGUAAAACGAUGCAGGUGGAAGAAAUUCUGACGACAGA